AUGGCCCUCUUUGGCUGUUCUUCUUCGUCCUAUGCCUUCAAACUCAUCAUUUCCCUCUCUUUCUUCUUCUUCCUCUGCAAUGGCUUCUCCGGCUCUUCUUCUUCUUCUCUUUUCUACACCCAACACCACCGUCACCACGUCGCCAAGCACAACUACAAAGACGCUCUCACCAAAUCCAUCCUCUUCUUUGAAGGCCAAAGGUCUGGGAAGCUUCCUUCCAACCAGAGAAUGACUUGGAGAAGAGACUCUGGCCUCUCUGAUGGCUCUGCUCUUCAUGUGGACCUGGUUGGAGGAUACUAUGAUGCAGGAGACAACAUCAAAUUCGGAUUCCCAAUGGCAUUCACAACAACAAUGCUCUCAUGGAGUGUGAUUGAAUUCGGCGGUCUCAUGAAAUCUGAAUUACCAAACGCUAAAGCUGCGAUUCGUUGGGCCACAGAUUAUCUCCUCAAAGCCACUUCACAUCCUGACACCAUUUAUGUUCAAGUGGGUGAUGCAAACAAAGACCAUUCUUGUUGGGAAAGACCUGAGGACAUGGAUACACUGAGAAGUGUGUUUAAAGUAGACAAGAACACUCCUGGUUCUGAUGUCGCCGCUGAAACCGCCGCCGCUCUCGCCGCAGCUGCUAUUGUUUUCAGAAAGUCCGAUCCUUCUUACUCCAAAACCCUCCUCAAACGAGCAAUUAGGGUUUUUGCAUUUGCGGACAGAUACAGAGGAACUUACAGUGCAGGAUUGAAACCAGAAGUUUGUCCAUUUUACUGCUCUUACUCUGGCUAUCAGGAUGAGUUGUUGUGGGGAGCUGCUUGGCUGCAAAAAGCGACAAAGAAUCUUAAGUAUUUGAAUUACAUUAAAACCAAUGGACAAGUCCUUGGAGCUGCUGAGUAUGAUAACACUUUUGGUUGGGAUAACAAGCACGCUGGAGCCAGAAUUCUUCUUACAAAGGCGUUUCUGGUUCAGAAUCUGAAGACACUUCAUGAAUACAAAGGUCAUGCUGAUAAUUUCAUUUGCUCUGUUAUUCCUGGAGCUCCUUUCUCUUCUACUCAGUAUACUCCAGGUGGAUUGUUAUUUAAAAUGGCAGACGCCAACAUGCAAUACGUGACGUCAACAUCGUUCUUGCUCUUAACAUACGCCAAAUACUUAACCUCCGCCAGAACCGUCGUCCAUUGCGGUCGCUCCGUCUAUACUCCCGGUCGACUCCGCUCCAUCGCCAAAAGACAGGUGGAUUAUCUACUUGGAGACAACCCAUUAAGAAUGUCUUACAUGGUUGGUUACGGUCCGAAAUUCCCACGGCGAAUCCACCACCGUGGCUCCUCGUUACCUUGCGUUGCAAGCCACCCGGCCAAGAUCCAAUGUCACCAAGGCUUCUCCAUCAUGAACUCUCAAUCACCAAACCCUAACUUCCUCGUCGGUGCAGUCGUUGGUGGUCCGGACCAGCAUGAUCGCUUCCCGGACGAACGGUCUGACUACGAGCAGUCCGAGCCAGCUACUUACAUCAAUUCACCACUCGUUGGAGCUCUUGCCUACUUCGCUCAUUCCUACGGUCAACUCUAG